AUGCCACCGAAAUCCAAACAGCGCGCAGUCAAGCCCGCCAACUCCACCUCCAAGAAAGCCAUCCCGCAGCCUUUCAGCGCCGCCCCAGCCGAACUCGAGACGCUCCUCUCCACCUUCGACCGCUCGCUCGUAUAUAUAUCACAUGUCGACGUGCACCCAGCAUGGUUCAAACGGCGUAUAUUCGCCGUCCCCGUACUCCUAAACACGACGAUCCUUGCGCUUGUACUAUGGCGCCUAUACGCAAUCGGACCCCACUACUGGGCCAUCAUCCUCUCCGUCCUCGGAAACCACAAUGACACAACCAUAUACUGGGCUACCACACCAUGGGCAUCCCUGAUAUGGAGGGUAGGAAAACGCAUGGUCAUGUUCAUGCUGGACUUCCUGCUGUUUCGCUUCGUGGCACCCUGGCCCUACACCUUCUUCGUAGAGCAGCCAGGCAACCCAGUGAGCUGGCGGUGGAACGUGGGCUUCAGAGACGACGAGGUAUACGUGAGAGUGAGCAGGGGGUGGGGAGCCAAAGACUUGCUCGGAGAAGCCGAAGGUGGGAGUGGCCGGGCUGGGGCAGACAACCCCUUCUUCAAAACGAGAGUUUUACCUGCGGUCGACAAGACGAGAUUGAGAGAAAAGACGGGAUACCUGUUGAUGGAUGGCGAUUUCGAUCUGGAUUUCUUCGGUAUGGUCGCUGCGACGCAACUACUUGAUCGCAAGGAUAUUGCCCUUGACCACCUUCGCAAAAGCGUCUUCGUGUACGUCGGUGACCCCGAGGCAGACAAUGGACAGUGGGCCGUCUGGGAAUGUGCAAAGCUUGACGAGGGCUCGGAAACGGAAGCGAGGGACAAGGUCAUACAGUUCAAAGAAAGACUUACGGCUAUGGGCAAGGAGAGCUUGUUCUUCAGAUGGGUUGAGCUCAUCCAGUACGAAAGUAAUGCGCCCGGUGGCUUCACACAAGAGCGACAGAUCGCAGCUGCCGAGAAGGUCAAAAAGAUGUUUGAAGACCACGGUGUGGAUUUCGAGGUGUUUGAAAAGGAGAUUGGGGGUAUGAAUGGCAUGGCUGGUGUAUAG